AUGAUCGUAAAUAAAUAUCAAAUUAAUAUAUUCAUCGCAUUAGUAAUUUGCAAUCAUUACUGUCUUUGCAAUAAAAAUUCUGAUGAAUACAACAAACCGGAUAUAGCAAGAGUUGGAAAAACUAAAAGGGAAAAAAUGCGACAAAACACAGCUGUAGGAACUUUUUCAAACGUCAUAGCACAGAUUCAAAAUUUACCAAAUAUGGACCUCGGCAGGAAAUUUCGGACGCCUUGUAAGACUGGAAAUAAAUGCGGGAAGGUAAUUAAGAGGCUCAUGGUACCUAAGCUGGCGCAAUUAGAAAAUACCAUUAUGGGCAUUAUGAAAGAGCUAUCAAAAAUGCCACCCGGCUCUCGUCUUCCUGACAAAUACACCAAAACUGAACCAAUCAAGUUGCUGUUGGAUCAAAACUAUAAAGAGGACGUCUGUAUGGACAAACUGGAGUCUUGUUUGAAGGAAGACAAACGACGUAAAAGGAUUCUCAAGAAAUUGUUCUUUAAAAAAUAUAAUUCGUUACGUCAAGAACUCAUUGGUUAUGGAGGCCGGCGACUGUGGGGCGGAGAGGGAAAUUUGUUCUAUAAAUAA